AUGUGGGGGCCGAGCACGGUGGGACGCAGCGGGGGGCUGCUCUGCAGUGCCCGCCUGGGCUGCCGCGUGCAGGAGGAGGACGUGGGGCGCCGAGAGUCCUUCAGUGCUGAGUGGUUGGACCUGGAGCUCAGCACCCGGCCUGAGGAGGGGUGGUGCCGGAGGGAGGUGGACCGGCAGCGCCGCGAGUCGCUGGAGCAGCGCGGAGAGACGCGGGUGCUGACGCAGCGCUCACCGUGGGGCGUGCUGCGGGUCGGCGUUCUGGGGCAGCCCCUGGCCCAGCACCUCCUGCCUUACGCCCGCACCCUCCCGCUGCCCCUCUUCGCCCCCCCAGACCUGCGCGGAUCCAAGCCGGGGCUCCGACGGACCCUCUCCCGUUCGCUCUCCCACGAAGCCCAGAGGGGCUGA